UGGCGGUUUGGCCAGUCCCUCGGGAAUCGAGUCAUGUCGCGACCGAAGAAUCAAAAUUACAAGGGCCAUGGGUUGUCAAAGGGAAAAGAGCGAGAACAGAGAGUAUCAAUCCGAUUCAAGACCACACUUGUGAAUACGCUCAUGGACGUCCUUCGCCACAGGCCUGGCUGGGUGGAAGUAAAAGAUGAAGGGGAGUGGGAUUUCUACUGGUGUGAUGUCAGCUGGCUCCGGGAGAACUUUGACCACACCUAUAUGGACGAGCACGUGCGGAUCAGCCACUUCCGGAACCACUACGAGCUGACCCGCAAGAACUACAUGGUGAAGAACCUGAAACGUUUCCGGAAACAGCUAGAGCGUGAGGCGGGAAAGGUGGAGGCAGCCAAGUGUGACUUCUUCCCCAAAACCUUUGAGAUGCCUUGCGAGUACCAUCUGUUUGUAGAGGAGUUUCGCAAAAACCCAGGAAUCACCUGGAUCAUGAAGCCUGUAGCCCGGUCACAAGGGAAGGGCAUCUUCCUCUUCCGGAAGCUGAAGGACAUCAUGGACUGGAGGAAGGACACAAGAAGUUCUGAUGACCAGAAAGACGACAUUCCCGUGGAGAACUAUGUAGCUCAGCGUUAUAUCGAGAAUCCCUACCUGAUAGGAGGCCGCAAGUUUGACCUGCGUGUCUACGUGCUGGUGAUGUCGUACAUCCCUCUGCGGGCCUGGCUGUACCGGGAUGGCUUUGCCAGAUUCUCCAAUACCCGCUUCACACUCAGCAGCAUCGAUGAUCAGUAUGUUCACCUCACCAAUGUUGCUGUGCAAAAGACAUCUCCUGACUACCAUCCAAAGAAGGGCUGCAAGUGGAUGCUCCAGCGCUUCAGGCAGUACCUGGCGUCCAAGCAUGGACCCAAGGCCGUGGAGACGCUUUUCAGCGACAUGGACAACAUCUUUGUCAGGAGCCUGCAGAGUGUGCAGAAGGUGAUCAUCAGUGACAAGCACUGCUUUGAGCUGUAUGGCUACGACAUCCUCAUCGACCAAGACCUCAAGCCGUGGCUGCUGGAGGUCAAUGCAUCCCCAUCGCUAACAGCCAGCAGCCAGGAGGACUAUGAGCUCAAGACCUGCCUCUUGGAAGACACACUGCACGUCGUGGACAUGGAGGCCAGGCUCACGGGAAGGGAGAAGAGAGUGGGAGGCUUUGACCUCAUGUGGAAUGAUGGCCCUGUCAGCAGAGAAGAGGGGACUCCUGACUUAUCUGCAUCAGGGAACUUUGUGACCAAUACUCACCUCGGUUGUGUCAACGAUAGGAAAGCCCAGCUGAGGCAGCUGUUCCACUCCCUCCAAAGCCAGAAGAAAGCUUCAGGCUAAUUUCCAGGAAGGUGCCAGCCAGUCCUCACCCCACUCCCACACUCAGAGAUUCACCUUCCUCUGCCUUCUCUGGCCUUGGGCAGCUGUGCUGCUCAUUCUGGGCCCUCUGGGUACCCCACCCCCACCCUGGGUAUCUGCACCACAGACACUCACCCAGCCACUGAAUCCCCAGGACUGCAAGGGGUUUAACCUGGAUUAUUGACUGGGUGUCAGGCACAAAGAGGACUUGUGCUGGUUCAUGGGACGCACUUUGGACUACAUGAGAUCACGCCUGAAAAACGAGCAGCCCUUAGUUGGAGUGACUGUGCAUGUGGGGCUGGCUCAGGAUGCCAUAGUACAACUAAAUCCUCCUGGCUUUCACCCUUUGAAGUCUCAGGUCAGUGCCGAAUGGGUUCUUCAGGAGCAGGCUUCAGGCCCCAAGGAACUUACCAUAAGCAGCAAUUAUUAGAUUGUUCAUAGGGGACCUGGGUAAGGACACCAGAGACAGAGC